AUGCAUGCAUAAAUAAAGCAAACACAAUUAUACAAGUACUCCAUAUAUACAUGGGUAGCAAUGUUAAUUCUAAGCGCCCACGGCCCACUCAUAUCCAAUUAUUUUCCUGCCUAGAUAGAGUUGGGAAUUCUUUGUCAAUUUAUCUUUAUGCAUGCAUGGAUUAAGGUAGGACAAUUAUAUAUAAUUCUCUGUCUUCUUUUUCCCUGCACAAUAUUGGUCACUAGCUAGAACUAGCUAAGUUUAUGCAUGAUGGCCCAUCACCACCACCUCCUAGACUUCUCCUUCUCGUCGUCUUCGCCUCUGGCGCCCUUCCACCACGCCGACACCACGCCAUGGCCGCCGCCGACACAUGCAACGGUCGUCGGCCACGAGCGAGGGCUGCCUUAUUAUUACACGGCGCCACCGACGACGAUGCCUGCCAUGACGCAGCCUGCCUUGUUGCUCAACAGCUCCAGAUAUAUGGGCCCUGCCAGGGAGCUGCUCGCCGAGCUCUGCAGCCUCACUGAUCAUGCCGCGAGGACGCCGAAAGCCGGCGGCGGGCAGUGGGACGUGGAGGCUAAUUAUUCGGCGUCUUGGGACAACAACAGUAAUCCGGGGGCUCUGCUCAGUUACAGCUCCAUGGAUUUGCUGGCGCUGCAGAGGAGGAAGGCCAGGCUCUUGUCCAUGGUCCAAGAGGUGGACAGGCGUUACCGGCGGUACCGCGAGCAGAUGCGGGCGACGGAGCUGUCGUUUGACGCAGUAGCCGGCACCGGGGCGGCACAGGUGUACACAAAGUUGGCGAUGCGUGCCAUGUCGCGGCACUUCCGGUCCCUGAGGGACGCACUCGUGAGGCAGGUACGCGCGCUGAGGAAGACGAUGGGUGAGGGUGACACCACCGGCGGCCUGUUCGCGGCGCCGGGCGCGUCCAGGGGGGACACACCAAGGCUGAGGGUGCUGGACCAAUGUCUAAGACAGCAGAGGGCAUUCCAGCAGUCCGGCGGCACCACUGAGAGCUACCCGUGGCGGCCGCAGCGUGGCCUGCCAGAACGUGCCGUUGCCGUCCUUCGCUCCUGGCUCUUCGAGCACUUCCUCCACCCGUAUCCAAAUGACGUGGACAAGCACAUCUUGGCGCGCCAAACCGGGUUGUCAAGAAGCCAGGUUUCAAACUGGUUCAUCAAUGCAAGGGUGAGGCUAUGGAAGCCCAUGAUCGAGGAGAUGUACACGGAGGAAGAAACGAAGGAACAAGGGGGUGGCAAUGGCGGGGGAAAAACUAUCCCCGACGAUCAUCAUGGCAACACGGGGGCGGCAUGGGCGGCGACGAGGCCGAUUACUGGAGAAAUCCCUCCUCAUCGACUUGGCGGCAGCUCGUGCUUCGUCUCAGCUGCUCCCAUUAUUCCGGCCAACGACGGCCAGCAGCUGUUCCAUAGUUACCUGAGCUCAAAUGGCGGGGCAGUGUCGCUUACUCUUGGGCUUCAGCAGCGGCAGCAGCAGCCGGCGAUGAUGAUUAUGCAGCAGCGAUCGUCGUCGCUGAUGCUGGGAGCCGGGGAUCAGGAGGAGGAAGAAGACGUGGUGCUGCCGUAUAGGAACCUCAUGGGGUCUGAGUUGCUGCAUGAUUUGGCAGAUCCAAUAGUGUACAAUUAAAUUAGUUGUGAAAGGAGAGGUAAUCAAACAUUAUUACCAUUAUUUAUUUAACUCAUGAACUAAGGUAUAGAGUAUGUCGAAAAACAGAUUAAGAUGUUUGAUUGUAUAUUGACUGUAAACCCAUUCGUUUGAAUCCAUGCAUGCAUGGUUUCAGAAGCAAUAUAUUCUCUCGGUGCAGCAUUUGGAAAUUA